AUGAUUCAGCAACGUAAAGUGCCUCAAGAGCCAACAAUAGCUGAAAGUUCGGAGACGGAGUCCUUCACCUCAGAAAGCAAGAAUGCUACUUCACAUACGCCACAAGUUGGCAAUAAAGAAGAUGCUAAUGUUUCCUUGGAUGAUUUAUUUGCCGAUUUGAAGAAAGAACUUGACACUAGUAAUAAUGAGUCUUUGGCUUCAGGGGCUUUGCCAGAUCAACUAGAAGUUGAUGAUUAUAGGAGCAUAGAACGAUCCUUGCGUUCUCUUCCUAAACUUCAAUCCACUUUUGACAACAACAACAACAACAACAGCAGCAAUAACAGCAAAAGCAAUGGUAAAAGUAAUGGUAAAGAUAAAUCUAAAACAUCCGCUGGCACAUUGAAGAUAUACGAUCCCAUCCCCAUUUCCAAAAAAGAAAAGAGUUCAGACGAUACAACCGAUUCUCGUUGGUUCCAUAUGGGAAGACCAGAACUUACACCACAACUUAAGCGUGAUUUGCAAAUUAUUCAACAGCGUCAGGCACUUGAUCCAAAGCGACAUUAUAAGCGUGAGAAAUGGUCCAUACCAAAACAUUUCCAAAUGGGUGAGAUCAUUGAGAGCUCUACAGGCUAUUAUAACCAAUUGAAGCGUAAAGAGAGAGGCACGAGUCUUGUUGGUGAAGUGUUGGCAGAUGAUGCGACAAAGAAGUAUUUCAAGAGAAAGUAUGGUGAGAUUCAAAAGGAAAGGGAGAGUGGUAAACGUGCUUUUUACAAAAAGGUUAAACAUAAUAGGAAACGAUUUUAA